CUGAGCUGAGGCAGAUUUUGGUUCCCCAGUUAUUACCUGGGCUCUAAAAGAGUGUGUGGGUGAGUGUGGCAGGUGGGGGACCUCCACCUGCCGAAUGAACCCUGUUAGCAUCGGGCAGUACCAUGGGCUACGAGUGGGCUCAGCCCUGUUUGCCAUUGUUGCCGGCUGCAUCAUCAUCGGGGUGUCCAGGGAAUGUGAUGCUGAUGCUGUAGGAGGAAUUUUCCUGGGAGCUGGAGGCCUCGGCUUGCUCAUUUCAAUCUACCCCUUCAUAAAAGCUUGGCUGAAUAUCAACAACAUCCUGCCAUCUUUUGGAAACUUCAGAGUUCACCCCACUGUGGCUAAUGCUGAUCAACCAGCUGAGACACUGAGACGAGAGGGCACUCAGAGUCAACUCCAACUGGAGCGCUCAAAGAGUCGAAUGGGAACCUUCGUGGAGGGAGGACCAGCUGCCGAGCCCAAUCCAGAGGAGGGGACUUCUUCAGACAUGCCAGAUGUCUUAUCGAGACGGAAAAUGAAACAGUCACCCACUGCUCAAGACCUUCCGUGAUGUCAUCGUGUCACAUGACUCCACCAACAACUCUCCCUGGCAGCAGUAUUCUUUGUACAACUGUUGUUAAAGCUCAACUGCAGAUUACUGUUCCCUCUUUUUAUAUAAAUUAUGUGGUCUAAUAAACCUACAAAAACUAAAUCCAAUAUAUAUAUAUAUAUAUAUAUUUUUUUUUUAGAUUUGUUAAAGUUACAUUU